CACCGGGCCACGUGACGGAACUGUUUUAGUACGUGACUCGUACGUAAAAGUCGCACUGUAUCAUCUGCGCCUGGCCCGGGUUUUGGAGCGUUAUUCAGGAUGCAGGAUCCGCCUUUGUGGGAGCAGAUAGGCACUGGCUUCGUGCGGCACUACUACCAGUUAUUUCAAAGUGACCGAGCAAAACUUGCUGACCUGUAUAUUGCAGAGUCAUUACUAACCUGGGAAGGGGAAAAAAUCUUUGGAAAGGAUGCGAUUACCAAGAAACUCCUUAAUCUGGGCAUCAAAAAAAUUGGUCAUACUAUUACAGCACAUGACCAUCAGCCAACCACAGACAGCUGCAUCUUGAGUAUGGUUGUGGGGCAACUAAAAGCUGACAAUGAUCAAAUCAUGGGUUUUCAUCAGAUUUUCCUCCUGAAGGAAAUAAAUUCUGCAUGGGUGUGCACCAAUGAAAUGUUCAGGCUUGCUCUUCACAACUUUGCCUGAACAUUUUUCUACUCCAGCGGGCAUGAGCAGCCACAGUGAUGGAGUGAAGGGAAGAGUCAAAGAGCCUUUGGAGAGAUUGGAGAAAGAUUAUGCUGUCUGCUAUUGUUUGUUUGACAAGCAUGUGAACACCGGAAUCUAAUUGUCAUUCACUGCAUCCCACCCAUCCCAGACAGUGCAAAUGCUGCUUUUUUUCCCCCUUUCUCUGCUACCAUUAGCCAACUUUUCAGACACCAACCAAGACACUCACUUUGCUCCACACCAUUCUACUCAGUCCUGUUUUACUUCCAUCUAGUUUCAUAUAAACUUUGGCUCAGUUCAGCAUCAGGUCAAGGUUUAGAUGCAGCAAGAGUCACUCUAGCUUUCUUUAGUAUGUGUGAUUACGUUUUUUAAUCUUCAUUGAUAUUAUACUUCAUUACAAUGCCAGGUUCUCAUCACCAUGCCAACAAAGACUCAUAUAAGACCAUGUUUGAGGUUGCUCUGUUAUACUGCAUUUCCGCCCUGAAAUAGUCUUGCUUUAUUCCUCAGAAAUGUUUGGCAAUUUACUCAAAUGCCACAAUUAACAAUAAAACCCAGACUUUUUUUUUUUUUUUUCGUAAUGUCAUGGACCCGUCUCUAUGUAUCACUCUCAAGGUCAAACUGCAUUUCAUUCAAAUGUAAGCAGUGUUUUGAAUGAGAAUCCGAUAGAAACGUUAAAUUACUGUUACUGAUUUGCUUACUCCUUUGGGAGCAUUUGGCUGAUAUUGCCUGUUGACGUUUAGAUAUAUUAGUGUUUUGAUUACAGCCAAGUAACAAUUACUUUUGUAUGGAGAUAAAGGUAGGAUACAUACAGUAUAUUCUAAGAAUAUCGUUGGCUCGAGUUAACAGAGCCAACUGUAUGCUGUAUGUGAACCCUUUGCAAAUACCUGGAUUUUUGCCAGACGUGGUCAAGUUUUAUUUGGUACCUGAUUCUUUACUGGGUCCUUCCCUAAUGUAAUCCAUCUCUUCGUGUCACCACGAUUUAAAUCAUGGGAACGCAACACGGGAGGAAAAAAAAAACUAAUUUUUAUUCAGAGCUUUUUUGAAUUUCACAGAAAAAGCAAGGUAAUAACACCUGCAAUGCUGAAUCUGGUACAUUGUCGGAGAAAAAAAAUGUAUCUAAGCAGUUCAACAGGGCAGGCUUUUUUUUUUAACUGCAGAACCUCAUCAAGACUAGCUGGCAAUCAUAACCUUCGUUGCGUAUGCACUACGUCAUAAAGAAUCAACUGCUCAAAAAUAUUGGAGGAACACUUUGAAAACUCAUCAGAUCCAAGAAGGGGCACGGGGUCUAGAUUUAUCAUUCCUGAUAAGUAGGUGGUGUAUUAUAAUAUUGCAUAGCAAAAUGAUGCCUCAUAAUUUGAUAAAAAUGAAAAGGAUCACCAUAUCGAGCCUGAUAUCAAAGACGCGUCAAAAAAGUGAAAAAAUGAUUCAGCAGACUCGUCCAUUUUGCCAAAAUUUCAUUUUAGUAACUCAAAAUGAUUCUCAGUAGUUUGUGUGGCCUCCACGUGCUUGUACACAUGCCUGACAACCUCGGGGCAUGCUCCUAAUGAAAAGACGGAUGUUGUCCUCGGAGAUUUACUCCCAGUUCUGGAACAGGGCAUCACUGAGCUCCUGGACAGUCUGAGGAGCAACCUGGCAGCAUCCAAUGGACCUCAACAUAAUGUUCCAGAGGUGUUCUAUUGGGUUUAGGUCAAGUGAAUGUAGGGGCUUGUCAAUGGUAUCAAUUCCUUCAUUCUUCAGGAACUACCUGCAUACUCUGGCAACAUGAAGGAAGGUCCCACUGCACCAGCGUAGGUUCUGACAAUGAGUCAAAGGAUUUCAUUCUGAUACUUAAUAGUAGUCAGGGUGUCAUUAUAUAACCUGUAGAAUUCUGUGCGACCUUACAUCGAUGAUAUGUUUCCCCAUAUCUUAACUGACCCACCACCAAACACGUCAUCCUGAAUGAUGUUGCAGGCAGCAUAAUGUUCUCCACGGAAUCUCCAGACCGUUUCGCGGGUGUCGCAUGUGCUCAGGUUGAACCUGCUCUCAUCGGUGAAGAGCACAGAGCACCAGUGGUAGUAGUUUCUAAUUCUGGUGGUCUAAAAAAAUGCCAAUUGAGCUCUACGGUGCUGGGCACUAAGCACAGGGCUCACUACAGGACGUAGGACCCUCAAUCUCAGGCCACCCUCGUGGUGCUCGUUUCUGAUUGUUUGGUCAGAAACAUUCACACCAGUGGGUUGCUGGAGGUCAAUUUGUUUUGGGCUCUGUCAAUGCUCAUCCUGUUCCUCCUUGCACAAAGGAGCAGUGAUACUGAUACUGCUGAGGGUUUAAGGACCUACUACGGCCCUGUCGAGCUCUCCUGGAGUAACUACCUGUCUCCUGGAAUCUCCUCCAUGCUCUUGAGACAGUGCUAAGAGAAAUGACCAACCUUUUUUCAGUCCUUUCCUUUUGUCCCGGUACCACACAUUGCUAUCAACAGAUCUGUUGAUCCAAGCCAAAUGAAAAACUCCAGCAGUAGAUACAUCAGUGGCCUCAACCUGGAAAACUAUACCUGUUUUGGGGGCCGUUUCAUUGUUCCCCAUCACAUACACCUGUAAUUGAUAUCAUUGCCGACAAUGCAAGUCAAACUGAAGAGCAACCUCCUCUGCUACUUAACUGACCAGACCAAUAUCCCAGAGGUUUGACUGAUAGGGGAACACUAAUUAGAGUAU